GGAGGUUCAGGACCAUCAAAUGAAGAAGCCAUGGAACAAGUGAAGCAGCAAAUCGCCAUGGCAAACCUUCAAGAGUUGAUUCAGAAAAUCACAGAGAAAAGUUUCAAGAAGUGUGUCACUAAACCAGGAUCGUCAUUGGACAAUUCUGAACAGAAAUGCAUCGCUAUGGCUAUGGAUAGAUAUAUGGACGCUUUUGAUGUUGUUUCUAAAACAUAUGUUUCUAGACUUCAGCGUGAAAUGAAU